CACGCUUACUGCUGACACACACACACACACACACAUACACACACACACACACACACGCACACACACGCACACACACACACAGUUCACACAUGUCCUCUGUGGAAAAGUUCAAAUGCUGGUCUGCUACCCUGCUCAGCAACGGAUCUAAAGCUUUAAACAGUUACAGGAAAGAGCAGAGGUGAACUAUGUCGUCAUCCGCUGUGAAGUCCAGAAGCAAGAACCCGUACGCCGCCGUGCAGGUAGACCCCGACAGUGAUUACAUCACACCAGGAACAUUAGACCUGGAACAGAUGUUCUGGUCUGGCACCGGGGCUCAGUAUGCACAUGUCGAUGAGGUCUGGCCCAGAGUCUACAUCGGCGAUGAGAAAACAGCUCUGGAGUUUUCUGGCCUGAGGGACCUGGGCAUCACUCACGUCCUUAAUGCGGCAGAGGGAAAGUUUAACAACGUGCUCACCGGGGCUGAGUACUACAGCGACAUGGACAUUCAGUACUAUGGUGUCGAGGCUGAUGACAAACCCACCUUCAACAUCUCCCAGUUCUUCCGCCCUGCAGCCCAGUUCAUCCACGAGGCCCUCGGUCAUCCGGAGAACAAGGUGCUGGUGCAUUGUGUGAUGGGUCGCAGCAGGUCAGCGUCUCUGGUCUUGGCGUACCUGAUGAUGAAACAGAGCUUAACGGUGGUGGAUGCUAUUGAGCACGUGCGACAGCGACGCUGCAUCCUGCCCAAUCAUGGCUUCCUGAAGCAGCUCAGAGCCCUGGACAUCACAUUACAAGAGGAGAGGCUGAGAGAAAAGAGAGAGACCAAUGGUGCACAAUAGAAAGCCUGCUUCAGAUCACUGUACAUAAAACUUAAGUUUCUCUUUUGAAAUCA